UCCUGGAGGUAAUUUUAGUGUUUAUAGGAAAACAAACAGACCUGAGUGCGAAAGGUUAAAAAAUGGUUUUGAAUUCGAAUUCAUCAUUGGAAAAAUUCCAAACAUAAUGGAUAAGUAUGAUGAAGAUAUUUAUGAGAAUCCCUUCUUUACAACACUGCAAAGUGAAUUCAGCAAGCUGUAUGAAGAAGUAACCUCGCUAAGAUGCACGCUCUGCAUUCCACAGUAUUCUGUGGUGGAAAAAGAGAAAAUAUCAGAGGAAGAUUUGAGAGAUCAUAUAUUGACAGCUCAGGGAGACAGUGGGGUGUGGAAAACAUGGUCAGAUAAGGCUGUGAAAAUAGAAGAAAAUCAAGUGAAGAUAUUUCUAGGUCAGGAGGAAAACAAAGUCAAUAUAUUGUUUGAAGAAGCAUUCUACAACAACAAUGAUGAAAGCUACCAAGUUCUCUGCAUUGAACAUUUCCUCAACAGACCUCAUUCUGGAGGAAAUCAGCAAACAGAGAAGACUGUUCAAGAAACUAUACCAAGGUCUUUUGAGCAGUGUAAAGCUUUCCUUUUUGGUAACCAUGGAGGAAAGAGACUUCAAGACACUCUGGACAGACAAUUGGAAUCAUUCUGCAAACAAUACAGAAAUUUGGCCUCUGGGAAAUUUAUUGUCAUUGUGGAGGUUGCCAGUACUCAGUUUACAAAGGCAAUGCAGACUGUUCUAAAAGAUUCAUCAAUUCGUAGAAGAGUCCAUGAAAACAAGAAAGAAAUGGACAUGCUGAAGUCAGCAGUUGAGGUGUACAUGAUGGUCAGUGUUCAUCGUGGAUUGUUUCAAGCCAUUCAGACAAACCUGACAGGAGAGGAUGCGGAAGUAAACCGGUGCGCUCGUACUCUGUCUGACAUCAAACUGGAUGACCUGGGUGUCCGUCACGAGUUCAUGUCUAACAUCAGACUGGCCAAGAAAGAAUUACAGAGCAUUAACAAGUUUUCUACUCCUCUGGGUCGACUUCUGUGUUUGAAAAGAGUUGUGUCCAACCUUAGCACACCAACUAAAGAUAUGGAUAAGAAAGACACCUCAUUGAUGUUGACUACAGAUGAAUUUCUCCCCAUUAUGAUUUACCUCCUAAUCAAGUCUGAGAUUCCAAACUGGAUGGCAAAUCUAAGAUAUAUGAAGGAAUUUCACUUUUCAAGAGCUUAUAAUUUUGAUGAAUUUAUGUUUUACUUGACCACUGUGGAAGCAGCUAUUGAACACAUAAGAAGUGGAGUUUUACAGAAAGAGGCCAUCAAGUCAUAUUCUCUCAAGAAGAAUCAGGUGAAUCGGCAGUCUUCAGGCACGACAAAAAGUGUGGACAGAUUCUUCAGUUAUGUUGAGGGGGGAGAUGAGGCAGCAGUGAGGGUGAUGCUGGGGAAACCUAACACCCCCGGGGAGGAAAUCAUCUUACAGAUGUGUCACCCUCUGUGUUCCUGUAACAAAUGUCGCACACUGUUAAGGCAAAAUCCAACAGAGAAAACUCUGGUUACAGCAUACACACGCGAUGACCAUGGAUACACAGCUCUCCACAUAGCAGCAUUGCAUGGACAAGCUCACCUUGUGGACCUUUUAGUUCAGCAUGGAGCCAUAGUCAAUGCCAGUGAUUAUCUAGGAUACACACCGCUCCAUCUGGCUUGUCAGAAAGGCUAUCAGAACAUCAUUCUUUUAUUGAUACACUUUGGUGCGGACUGUACGCAGACUGACGGUGUGGGUAACACCCCUCUCCAUCUCUGUGUAGAUAGUGGACAUGAAGAUUGUGUGAAGGCUUUGGUGUUUACAGACAAAGUCAGGACUAAACUUGAUGUGAAUGCUCAGAAUAAUAGAGGGGACACUCCUCUACAUUUGGCAUCAAAAUGGGGAUAUGAAUCGAUCAUCCAAAUACUACUAGACAGCAAGGCCAGGACGGACAUUAAAAACAGAAAGAAACAGACUCCAUACAAUAUAGCACAGAAUGCCCAUAUACAGAGGAUAUUUCAGGAGUAUGAAUUAAUUCCCACAGUGCUGACAGAAAGGCAGAAAUCGGAGUCCCUGGAAGAUUAUGAGGUGGUGAAAGUGAUCAAGCCCCACAGGAAUAGUUCAGUGAACCACCCUCCAGAGUCUCCCUCCUCACCCACAAAACUGUUUACACCAGAAGUGGCCUCCCUUGACCAGGCCAAGAACCAUAGAAUUAGUUUACUUUUCAGAGCCAUUGAAAAUGGAGAUGUCCAACUGGUGAUGUUUUAUAUGAAGUGGAAUGACUCUGCCCCAGAGACGGGCUCCCUGUCCCCUUCCCCCAGUAGGGAGGAGCUGUGUCACCCCCUAUGUCAGUGUCCAAAGUGUUCAGCCCUCCAACAGGGUUCUGUUCCAUCAGAAAAUGCUUUAAAUGUGAAUACAGCAGACGAAAAAUUGUUCAGACCACUUCAUAAAGCCUGCCAAGCUCAGAAUCUGGAGCUUGUUAAAUUGUUCAUUGAUAAAGGUGCUCAAGUCAAUGUCCACACUAAGAAAGGAAUAACACCACUACACCUAGCUGCCAUAAAUAAAAGUACUCAGAUUGUCCUUCACCUUCUAAAGCACAAUGCCAAGGUCAACGCCAGAGAUAACUACGGUGAUACGCCUCUACAUCUGGCCUGUUAUAAGAGCUGUAAGGAUACAGUGGACUGCCUACUAAUGGUAAAGAUAUGGAGAAUUUUUUUGAAAAUUAAAUAUCAAAUGAUUUUGCUGUUGGAUGAAGCUGUGGAGCUUUUGGCGGAAGGGGCCUAUCCAUUAGCCAAAAAUAAAGAAGGCCUCACUCCUUUUGAUUUAACUAAGGUUUCCCGAAUCCGUGACCUUCUAAAUGCACAUAUCACAAAGAGGCAACUUUCUACAACUUCUCCAGAGGCAGUAACAAAGAGGGACUCGAAAGGACCACCGGAAGCCCCAGACAGUAUACAAAGUUUAUUUGCUGCGUUUGAAGAGAGAAGUCGGGAAAAUUUACAAACCCUGACCUCGUCCAUCAAAAGCGUGGAUAGGAGGGAAAGUUUAAAGCAAACACCAGUCGUUAACGACAGAAGUAGUCCUAACUUGCGUUUUCUCAGACAUUCCUUGUCUAUCCAGAAUUUUGAUUUGAGCGGACUUCGACAUGUUGAGUCAUUGGACAGAAGUGAACCCUUGCAUAUUUAUAGAUUAGUCAUGAAUGUGAAUUCCAACAAUUCAGAAAAUAGAUUAGAAACAACUUCUGAAAAUUCCGAAGUUGAAGAUGAUGUGUUUUCAGGAAGUGAAGUCGGGAAUGAUCAAGAGAUUAAUGUAGAAAGUACUGAAAAUGUGAAUAGUACAUGCCAUGUCAAAAUUGACAUAGAUGAACCCAUACUGACCAGCCCUGAUUUGCCAAGAAGUACCCAGUUACAAGAAAGGGUGGAGGGCAAUACGGACUCUGAUACAAAUAUCAAUGAUAGUAGUGUUACAUGAAAAAAUAAAACAAAAUAAAUUGACAAUUUGAUUGUGAA